UACCCUUGUGGCGUAGACUUUCUGCCCUUUCCACUGGCUGGCAUGCCUGCUUUUGCAGUUUCCUCAGAGGCUGUUUUCCACAGCAAGGACCAGCUGACCGCAGUGGCUGUGUCCGUGGAGAAUGGCCACUCCAUCGCCUUCCUGGGCACCAGCGCUGGGAUGAUUUGCAAGGUGCAUCUGGCCAACGUCAGCAAGCGGUACGAGAACAUUACUGUGGGGAACACCAGAGUGAACAAGAACCUCUUCUUUGCCAAGAGCUGGAGACACAUUUACGUCACCACAGAGAAAAAGGACACCCCCAGGACGGAGUAA